AUGAAUAUUCCAAAUGCAUUGACGGCAGAUUGUUUCCCGGGAGCAGCUGAUUCCAUCGUUUUAAGUGACGAGGAAGACAUUGAAGUUGUAAAUCAUUAUGUUUACCAGUCACAUGAACUGUUGUUAAGGGCUUUGGGAGAAGACGAGAAAAAUCGAGCUGGAGGAUCUCGGCCUGGAAAAAAACCGAAUAUCAACAGAGGUGCUCAUCUAGGAGCUGAGCGACUGUUUCAUGAUUACUUCUCCGAGAAUCCCACGUAUAGUGAUUCACAGUUUCGGCGGCGGUUUCGAAUGUCCCGAAACUUGUUUACAAAGAUUGUUGCAGAAAUAGAAGCCGCGAAUCCUUACUUCGUGCAAAAGCGAGAUGCGGCUGGUAAACUAGGAAUGGCUAAAUACACAGUAAACGGGCGACAAUACAGCGUUGGCUACUAUCUUGCAGAUGGUAUUUACCCACCACUAGCAACAUUGGUACAGACAAUUUCUUCUCCAGUUGGACUAAAAAAGAAGCACUACGCACAAAUGCAGGAGUCUGCCCGGAAGGAUGUCGAGCGAGCGUUUGGUGUAUUGAUGUCGCGGUUCGCUAUCAUUAAAACACCGGCUAGGCUCUGGCAAAAAGAUGUCUUGGAAUCAAUAAUUACAGCUUGCAUUAUUAUCCAUAACAUGAUCAUUGAAAAUGAAAAAGAUGAUCCAACGAUCUGUGAAGCGAACCCUGAAAGCAACAUCGAUGAAAUUACAGCUGACAUCCAUCGGAUAGGUCCAGAAAAUCAGGAGAAAUUUGAGACAUUUUUGUCGCGGUACAAAGCUGUUCAUGAUACUAACCAGCACUUUCAAUUGAGGAAUGACCUAAUAGAGCAUCUAUGGGCAAUGAAAGGAGAAGAAGAUGAGGAAGAAGAUUAAAGUGAUGAAUUUUCAGGUUUCAAAUAUGUUCCAGUAAUCUACACUACAGCUUCAAUAAAAACUAGAGUAUAAAUUCUGGUAAAAAUAAAGCAAUGUGGAUUGAUAAAUACCA